AUGUCGACCGUGAUCGAAAGCGAGGCUGCCUUUAAUCAGAGAUGUGCUGAAGCUUCGAAGGAUGCGACUCUGCAUACCAAGUUGGUGGCACAAGGCAUCCGGUGCUUCAAGACAUUGGCUUUCGCGAUAGGGUCGCCUCAGCAGCCGCCUACGGAGGCUCAGUUUGAUGAAUUCAGUGUGAAGGUGUACGGAGCUGCUCCUACCAUGGGGCAAACCGCAAUCUUGCGGCAUCUGCACUUCGAAGCCACGACUCUAGUGGUUCAGACUUACCGGGACAUGGUCACCCACGACCCGUCUGAUCCAUCGCAUACCAGGAAGGUUCCGGUCCCUGAAAAACGGGCCAGGCUGGAAUUCCAGAGGCGGCGACUUUCAGGAAUGGAAAUUUCUGGAGAGCUUGAGCCUUCGCAUCAGCUUCUUGACUUAGCAAAUCAGCAAUACGAGUCCGGAGUUCUUACUUGGAUCCCUGCAUCGAAAUGUGCCAAGAGGGAAGCUGAGGUCCUUGCAUUGGGCAAGGAUAGGAGCUCCUUGUUGCAGGUGGAGCAAAACGUCAUAAAGGUGGGGCCUGGUGACCAGGCUAUCGCUUGUGAUGUUUCGGAUCCUCUGCGUUUUCAGUGGGCCAUGAUGCGAAGAGGCAUAGCUUUUGACAACUGUCACCUUCUAUCUUGGGAUGUGCAUCAGAGGUGGGUUCAGAAGAUGCUGGAUUGCCUUUCAGCAACCCCGCCACCGAGUUAUAGCCCAGUCAGUUUGAAUCAAUGCAUGCGUGCGGAUAAGGAGCUUUUUCUGCUAUUGGCCAGGGAGGCUGCGCCUCCUUUCAAGGUGGACUCGCUCGGGGUUUCGCCGCUUGAUGCAAAGUUUUCAGCAAUGAUGUAUGAUGUCCGUCUUCAGCAGUUCCUGUUGCCGCUUCCGAAGCAGACAGCCCCUGUCUUGGCAGUGCCUGUGGAUGAUGGGGCGGAGAGACAGAAGAUGGAAAUGUUUGUUGGGAUUUCAAUCUUGCUUCAGGCCGGGGCAUUCAGCAGUGUCGUGCAAAGCCAAGGCGCAAGAGACUGCACUGUUGGUGCAGCAGCCGCUGGAGAGCAGACUAAGCCGUUGGUGUACCGUGCUCUUGAGCAGGUGCGGGGCGAGGGCUCUUGCCUCGAUGAAGUCGCAGGUUUGCACCGCGACGAGAACAAUCGUGAUGGCCCUACAUUGUUGGUGCCUUUGACGGACUUUGAGAACGGUGAACUUUGGUUUCAGAAGGUUGGAGGUGAUGUCGCUUCGUUGAAUGACCCUUCUUUGGAGGGCCGUGGAAAGGUCGCAGAGUUGUCAUGCUUGCUUAUUCGGUGCGUCAGUGCGAGGAGCUCCGGCCUGAAUUACGAGCUGCCGUCACAGCGUGAUGCCAGCAGUGUCCGGCAGUCGGCGGCGGGAAUGUACUUCGUUGAGUUGUGUGCUGGGACAGCCGUUCUUAGUAAGGCAGCUGCAAAGUUAGGCUUCAGGCCUUUUGCAGUUGAUUCCUCUAGAAAGAGGGCUGGUGAACAAGCUGUCAUCAUGGAUUUGAGUGAUCCAGCUCAGGCUGAAGCAGUUGUCGAUUUCUUGCGAGUUGAGUAUCAUCACGUCAUCUGUGUUUUCAUCUCACCUCCGGUGGGCACCGCAUCUUUCAUGCGUGAACGCCGUAAGCCGGGCUCUGUUGAACUUGAUUUGAAGAUGCCAAAUGCUUUGAGGUCGGCGUUGCAUCCGGAUGGCUUGCCGACUUUGCGUGGUCGUGAUAAACUCCAGGUUGAGCGUGCAAAUCAACUGUUUGAUCAGCUUGCAAACAUUGCAUGUGAGGCUUGUGAUCUUGGCAUUCUGACAGUCUUGGAGAGUCCUUCUAACAGCCGUUAUUGGGACACUUCUUUCUGUGCUCAGGUGACCAAUCAUGUGCAGGGUCACUUUGUGAAAUUUCAUGCCUGUGUGCAUGGGGGUCACAGGCCCAAGUUGAUGCAGCUUUGGUCGUCACAGGACGUUUUUGGCAUGCUUGCGGGUCGCUGUGACGGGUCACACGAGCACAAACCGUGGCGACCUUUCAUUUCGAAAAGGAAGCGGGUGAGCUUCAUCACAGCAGAUGAACCCGAAUUUCCCCCGCUCCUCGUCGAUCGUAUCCUUGGUUGCAUCGUUCAUGCGCAUCCCAGCUUGUCCUUCGGGCCACGUGUGCUUGCGCAGGCAAUACAGGAUCCUUCUGCGAAUGUCGCCCGGAUCAAUCUGGGCACUCAACCCAGGGGCAACUCCUUGCCUUCGCUUGUGUGGGAGUUUGACACGACGUUGGAUUUCGUUGUGCCAGUGCAAUGUGACAAGCCGUUGGAAGCUGUGCUUUCUUCCCUUCCAAAGGGCUCCAGAAUCUUCUCGAGACGUGUGUGUGAGUGGGGUUCGCUGAAGAGUCUCCUCGAAGGAGUUGGCAAGCCAAAAACAAACAUCGUGGGCUUGGACCCUUUGCAUCCGCCUGCUUGUGCAGAGCUUGUGCAAGUCGGUGUACCGUGCUCUGAAGAGGUCUUUGUUGCGAGAGCUAUUGCGGCAGGCCACCCACGGUCCUUGGCAGUCCAUGUUGAGCCUUUCGUCACCGUUAGUGCACGUGCUAACUUUGAGGCUCCUCCGGCAGAACUUGCGUCCUUCAGGAUUGAUGCAAUGAAGUUUUGGAUUGGUCGUGCAGGGGCCCUAAAGGAAAAGGAGCAGGAACUUCACCAAAAUCUCCCUGAUCACCUGCGGCCCAUACUUAAAGGAAAGAAGCUCUUGCUUCUCCAAGAGAUGAUGAGAGCCGCAGGGUGUGAGGAUGUCGACCUUGUUUCUGAUAUAUGCCAAGGUUUCAAGUUGUCGGGCUGGCUUCCCGCGUCGGGUGAGUUUGUGCCGAGGUCCAGACGGCCCAAAUUCAGUGUCGAGACGUUGGGAGUUUUGUCGAAGGGCUUGAACAAAGCGACCUUGCAAAAGCUGUCCAGGAGGCAGGAUUCCGAAAUUGAAGAAUCCACCUGGGUUGAAACCCAAAAGGAGAUUGACUCAGGUUGGGUGUGGCUUGAGGAAGGGCCGGUUCCUGAGAUGGUCUCGAUUGCUAUGCGCUUCGGAAUCAUGCAGAACAAAUUGAGGGUCAUUGAUGACCUUUCUUGUUGCGGCCUAAACGCGACAGUGGGCUUGCUGGAAAAGUUUUGCUUGCAUACGAUAGAUAAGCUUGCGGCCAUGAUGGCUCAUGCCUUUGAUGUCGUGUCCGGUGUUAUGCCUGAGUGCUGCGGCAGAACUUUCGACCUUACGGCAGCGUACAAGCAAUUCGGUGUGUGUGCUGCUGACCGUGAAAGGCUACGCAUUGCUGUCAACAGGCCAGGCCACCACAAGCCGAGCUUCUUGGGCGUAAACGCCCUCCCCUUUGGAGGGGUGGGGUCGGUCGCUGCUUUCCUAAGGAUAAGUAUCGCCUUGUGGAAGAUCGGAAUAGUCCUUUUCAGGCUAUUCUGGUCUGCCUUUUUCGAUGACUACAGCAUAGUUUCUGCGAAGAGCCUGGAAUCGAAUGCCCAGUGGACUGUGGAAACUUUGUUUGACCUGCUUGGUUUCCGCUUCGCCAAGGACGGCUCCAAAGCCGAACCCUUCGGAGUUACCUUCAACAUGCUCGGCCUCUCUGUUGAUCUGUCUUGUGUGAAGCAGCGGAUCCUUCGUGUGGGUCAUACUCAGAAGCGAAAGGAGGAGCUCACCGAGUACAUCCAAACCAUCCUUCAGGAAGGAAAGAUCGACUCGAAGGCGGCCGAACGCCUUAGGGGUCGUAUGGUUUUCUUCGAGGGUUUCACCUUUGGAAGGGUUUCUAACCGGGCUCAGCGAGUUGUUGCAAAGUGCGUGGAAAAGUUUGCCCCUCAGAAUCUUACUGAAGAUUUGAUGUGGGCGUUGACGUGGCUUCGUGAAAGAAUAGCCCUGAGCCAGCCUUUAGUUGUCGAGCGAAACCUCAUCACAACACUGAUCGUUUUCACUGACGGGGCUUGCAAUCCAGAGGAAGGCACGGGAGGUGUCGGAGGCGUCCUUGUGAAUGCCUCUGGUACUCCGUGCGAGUUCUUCGGUGAGGCAGUUCCAAGUGAUAUGAUGCAGCAGCUUUUGAGCAUCAGCGCAAAUCCCAUUUUCGAGCUUGAGUUGAUUCCAGCACUGAUCAGCCUUGUCAUUUGGGCAGAGCGCUUGAAAGGAGCUCAAGUGGUGUUUUAUCUUGACAAUGAUGGUGCUCGCCAUUCUCUGAUCCGAACCUUUGGCGGUGGCUCACUCGCCAAUGCUGUGAUUGAAUCUUUCCUUCAGCUUGAAACCACUUUGCAGCUGAAGACGUGGUUCGCUCGCGUACCGACUGCUUGCAACAUAGCAGACAAUCCCUCACGGCUGGAAUUUGAGCCUCUUUUAAAAAGAGGUGCUGCAAGGCGUGCUAUUCCGUGGGACCAGGUCAUGCCGUAG